UCAUAGUUAUACUUCCUUUUUCCCUUCCUUCUCAGCUCAAAAAGAAAUAAUAUCAGCUCAGAUGAAAACUUUAGUUCAGUUUGAAAAUUUUAGAAAAUAGACUUGUGAGCAAUUGCAAUCAAUGAAUUUUGGAGAGUCUGGUGUGAAGGUAUGCCCUCUCUGACCUGAAAUUAUACACUAUGGGCUGCGUAGUAAUCCUGUAUGUAAAAACUGGACUCUUCAAUAGUGUAAGAUCCCAUUUCCUGUACUUGAAACUGUUUGGGGGACUGUUUUUGCCCUGAUGCAGUUUUGCAGUUACUAGAGUUACUCCUACUUUAUCCUGAGCAGAGAGCAUGCAAUUUUCUGGAGUUUCUCUGCAAUUGGCACCAAAACUAUUAUGUUGGUUUAUGUAAUUCUGUUUAAUUUCAUCUCUGAAAUGCAUCCAGUAAAUUGUUCAGAUUAAAAAGUUUGAUUUGAAUGGUUCGAUAUGUCUCUGUCUAGAAAAUGUGGUUUUACACUUUCGUUUGUUUCAUUAUAGAAUGCCUAAUGCCAUCUGUUCAUUUCAAAUGCAUCCAGACUUGCAGGAGGCUUUCAAUGAUGUUCAGAGUUCUGUCUACAGAACAGCCCUAAAACUACGCUCAGUACAACGUCUGUGCCAGUUGGAUUUGAUUGAUGUUUCUUUGAUUCAGCACAUCCUAUCAAAUGAACAGAGCCAGAGGGAAAAACAGAUUUCUCUGAAAGUGCAGCAGAUCUCUAGAAUGCUGACAGAACUAUUCCAAAGGGCGAGAUUGGAAAAACCAGGCCAGGUAGAUCCAAGAGCCGCUGAAUUCACGUUAAGCCUGCUAGCUGCCAUGUAUGACAGAUCUGGAACAGGUUAUAUCAAAACUAGAUCUGCUGCAGCUGCCCUAAUUGCCCUUUCAGGAGACACUCUACUGGCUAAAUACAGAGCUUUCUUCCAGUUUUAUGCUGUCCCUGAUGGGAAGGUGACCUUGAUUACCUGUAGUGCCCUGAGAAGCCUACUAACAGAUUUAAAUCAGAUCCCAGCCAUUGUGGGAGAAAGCUGCACUAUGUCUUGUGUGGAAAUUACGACUCACAGCUGUUUCCAAGGGGUUCUGAAUUCAGCAAUUGUUGAAGAAAAAUUCCUGUCAUGGCUGAGAUCAGAGCCUGUUGUUCUCCUAUGGCUCCCUACAUGUUACAGAUUAUCAGCCACAGAAAUGGUUUCUCACCAAGCUAGAUGUAGAGUCUGCAAAAUUUUCCCUAUUACAGGCCUCAGGUAUCGGUGUCUGAAGUGCUUCAAUUUUGACCUUUGCCAAGUGUGCUUUUUCACUGGCCGUCUCAGCAAACCACAUAAGAGGUCACAUCCUGUUGUGGAACACUGUGUGCAGAUGUCAGCAAAGGCGAAUGCAAAGCACUUUCUCCGCACCAUCAGGAACAACCUGUUUCAAGAGCGCUGCAGAAGAAAGGAGGCUCAAAGGAGGGAUCUGGAGAUAGUGAAGGAGAGGCACUUCCCUGCUCUCAAAAAGACUUCUCCCCCUGCAGAACUCAGUGCUUCACCACUACCUGGCCCUGAAAACCUGUCUUUCCCAGUGGACAGACCUGUCCUGGAUUCACCCAAGCUUGUAUCUGAAAACAGAACUGUAAUGCAAAAGAGUGAGAAUAUCAGCAAGACACCAGAGCAAGGCAAGACAAAAGCUCAGGCAAUAGCCUCUUUUGAAGCAGAUGUGUUGAAAAUACAGGAAUCCAUCAAAAGCAUUCGCAGUGAGAGCAGGUACAUGAAGAAGCAGUUCAACAAAUGGAAGGACAAAAUGCAAUUUCUUCACAACUGCCAGGAAGACAAAAGCUGCAAAAUAGAGGCAAAGCUCCAAAGCCUGAGAGCAAGCCAUGAAAACCUGCAAAUGAAGCUGCAGCAAAUGAAGCAAGAAGUAAAGACAAUGCUGCUGUCAUCAGAGCAUCCUUUUGCACAGUGUCAGAAUACAAUGCCAAGAAAUCCACAUGUCUUCAUGGAAAGGAGAAUGCGGCGUGGAUUAAAUCCUGCCCAAAUAAGGCCUACUUCCAGAACAUGUGCAGACUGGAAAUCUCUGAAUCCUCCUAACUCUGCAGAUAGAAUGCAGCUUUUACAGACACCUGAGGUUCCCACUGCAGUGGACUUGAUGUUCUCUGAAGACCCACUGGAGUUAGCAUCCCUGCAGAGCAACAGACCUGUUAUGGGACAGUAUAAAAAAGCAAAAGAGACUCAAACAUAUCUGCCUGAAUUGAAAGAAAACUCCCUCAGUGGCAUCAUGAGAAACACAGUUCUUACUCCCACUACAGUGCAGAUACCACCUGAUGAGAAGGAAGUCAGUGAGGAAGUGGAACUGCAGCACAUAGUGAUGAAACUGAAGGAUGCAUUGUCUCUCCAGGCCCAACCAGCUCAACAGUCUGCUUUGCAGCAGGAGUUCUUCACCACAGCUGAACGCGUUUGCAGAUCCUUUUCUGACCUCAUCAACCAAGUAACUCCAUCAGCUUGUAAAUGAUGGAAGCUACCAUUCACCUUACAGCUUUACUGAACUAUUGAAGGACAACAGAACCAUCAUUCAGCAUGCAGUAUGUGUGCCUGAAUUUUGGUAAAGAGUCUGCUUUAUUUGAUGUUAUAUGUGCAAUCUUCAACAGAAGGAUAUCAGCUUAAAAUUUCCAUCUCCUACUUGAAUUGUCCUAAGUCACAGAAGCAGCUGGAUGAAUGCUGGAAAUUGUAUUUGUUAAAAUUGCAAAAAAUUUAAAUGGCCCUUCAGCUAGACCAUUUUUCUGCAUCUCUCUACUGACCAAGAAAAGCUUUUAUACAAAUGAGGUUUUUAAUAUACAUAUCAGAACAACACUAUUCUCAUGUAAAUAAAAAAUAAAAAUCCAUUAAACAACUCCUUUCCUUAUGAUCCUAUCUGAAAUGUGAAUCAUGUAAUCCAAAACAAAAAACAAUAAUGCCACUUGAAAAACAUCAAAUAGUCAAAGAAGGAAAACACCAUUCCGAGACCGAAAUUUUUACAUGCAUACUUAAAAAUUACAAAACACUAAGUACAUCAGGAGAAAUUUAAGUCUAUCCACUAAUGAUCAUUAACUUGAAAAGUAAAUUUAAUCAAAUAUCCAUCUAGUAAUGAUCACAUGCAAAUGAAUUGGCCAUUUUCUCUAUAGUAUCAAAAUGUUUAAUGGUCCCCUCUGGUCAAAAUAAAGGUUGGAACAAACUUGAAAUAGCAUGAUCUGGUAUUAAUCCCAGAGCAAGCGAAAAUAGUGCGUGUAUUUGCAGCCUAAUUUAUCCCUACCAAGUCUGAGGUGUUUGUAUAUUAUGAACUUGUGACUUUUUGCUGCCUUGUCCCCCCAGCUCCUCUGAAAGAAUUAAAGUCACAGUACAUUUUUCUGAAAAUUUGGAAUUCUUUGCAAGUGUACUGCUGAGUCACCCAUGGAUUUUGUCAGAAUGAGCAAUGGAACUUUUUCAAGAUGCAAACCUUGUGAGGGAAAGAAGAUUCAAAAUAAUGCAAAACAAACUGUCUACUUUUUCAUGUCUGUUUCAGCAAUAUUAAAGCAGUAUUAAUCUAUUUAAAAUACAAAUCACCUCUACCA